UCAUUCUGUUCCUGACACAAGAUGGAUCUGAGAGUGUCUGUUGUUCUUCUUUUCUUUUUUUUCACUGGAGGAAAUUCUCUCAAGUGUUACAAGUGCGGUUCUGAUUCGAAGAAUACCUGUGAAGCAAAAGAGCAAACAUGUCCAGCUGGAGUUUCUAAAUGUGGAAACAUUAUAAUGGAAAAAUCAAUUAGUAAAGGGUGUGCAGAGGAAUGUGAUCCAGGGACCAAAGACCUGCCAACUGGAGGGACAGUGUCUACCCACUGCUGUGACACUGAUCUCUGCAACGCAGCAGAUGGAGUGUUUAAGGGAAGCUUCCUCCUGCUCUUCUCUCCUCUGCUCUUCUACUUCCUGUUUCAGUGAGUCCAGAUUCAAGACUUCAGAUUCUACAGUGAAGAUCAGUGAAUAUGAGACACAUUCUGAUGCAUUACUAUAGUUCACUGAAUAAAGCUUGUUUGUUGCUCUGCUGUUCUUUGUAUCAUGAAUUGAGGAACUCAAAAAUAUGUAUUUUAAUAAACAAAUAUG